GGUUCACGAAUGCACGUUGAACUCCAUAAUGCCAUAUCAAAUACGGGUAUCCCGACUGAUUACGGCUUUAGGCUAUAACGUUUUGCGUCAAAUCUAUUUGGAUUCUGUUGCAUGGACUCGGUGAACAAGACACUCUCAUCUACGCAGCAUUUGCUUGAAGCUAUCGAACAAUUGCAGGACGACGCCUUACUUGACGACCAAUAUUUUAUGCGAAAAUUGGAGUAUCUGCGAAUGAAGCACAGAGAAACCAGCGACUUUCUUUCACGAAUCCUUCAGCAAGAAGAGUGUUUGCCACCAUCGACCUCCACCUGCACUUGCAAUGGAGGCCAUUUUGCCCUUCCGAGUGAAUGGUCGUUCUCUGGCAGUGUCUCCGCAAAGAUUGUUACGAAAAAUGGCAAAGAGCGUGCCCAUUCGGCUAAGUCCGCUACGAGGAAAAAGCAACAGGAAAUGGCCAGAGCAGCGCUGGAAGCGUACAGUUCCAUAGAAAGAAAAGUGGAAGAAAAAAGGCAGCAACAAGCUGAGAAGCGAUCCAAAGAAAAAGUGCAUAGAAAAAGUUCGAAAGAAAAGAAGAGAUAUGAGAAGACUACAAAAUUGAAGCAGGAUUGGGAGCAGUGCUACUCGGAAACCCGGGAGCAGAUCGAACGACUCAAGCAUCAAAUCGAGGAUGAGGAGUUCUACAGAGAAACGGAAAUGGAAAGCCGAAGAAGACAAGACGAACAAAUGGAUAGUCAUGAAGAAAGCUUUGAAGAGAAAAGUCCACAGCGAGCAAUUAGUGGAGAGGAUGGGCAACAAAUGCUGACCUCUGGCAAGGAAGUCAUUCAGUAUGAACCAAGUAAACAGAAAGAGAAGACAGAAAAGGAGGAGGCGAAUGAUGAAAGCAAAAAUAUAAGAAUAGUAGCUGAACCUGUCAAACCUGCUCGUUCAAAAAGUAUGGUCGAAAUAAGAAAACCAAAAACGUACACGACAUCUUUCGCAUCCACGUCAAAAAGGGCCGUGGUGCCAAAGCCGGUGGAGAAUUUUGUGCCACAGAUCACAGUGCCUCAACCGUUCAAUGUAUCCACAAGAAAACCUAUCGUCAACACCUAUUCAACGAAAUUUGUUGAAGAAAUGGUAUCCAAAAAGAAGGAAGAGGAGCAACAAGUGGAAAACCAGGCAAGCAGAUCUAAACCUUUCACAGCACACACAGUACCUCUCUCCACUUAUAUUUCGACCAACCCUCGAGUGAUGGACAAAGCUUAUGUUGAAGCCAUACGGAAACGACUAACGGCAAAUCUGCGGAAGCACUUCCAAGAGGAAGCCCAGAUGAGAAAAUCAAAGAGCCUAGGAGAUAUAUCAAAUUUGGCUCGACCUGUGCCAUUGUCCACUUAUGUGCCACCGAACCAACUUCCAGACUAUCGCCGAGCUCGCAGCGCCAACAGGAGAUCUGUGAAACUUCUUGUGGAUGCAAAAACACCGGCUUUGAACAAUGAGCAUGAAAUCCGCUCCAACGUGAGCACAAAGGUGCGUCACAUACUUUGCGUCGAGGGCAACAAAGAGCGAAAACAUCCACGGCCAGAAGUUCCGAACUUUCAAAAACUUCAUGAAGAAAUGGAAGAGAAAUUGAGAAAUGCCCCUCACAAAGCUGUAACUGUGCCAAGACCUUUCCAUCUAAGCGAGUCUUCAGAACAUCGUCAUCAACAAUGCAAAUCGACAUCGCCACCACGGAACAGGACCAAGUACACCAGGAAGGACACUAAAAAUGAGGUCGUUGUACGUUCUACUCACUCCUCAAAAAUACGAAUGGAAGCUAUUAGGCAACGAGAGCAGAAACUUUACGAAGAACGCCACAAAUCACAGAAAUUCUGGGAAGAGAGGAAGGAUGAAAUGGACAUGAGCCGAAUGAAAUUAUUGUCUUCAAUCGGAUCACUAAAUAACAUUCAUGAGGAUAUCGAAAGGAAAACUGCAGAGAAGAGGAAGCACAUACAGGAAACUACCAAGGAAUACGAAAAGUACCUGGCAGAGAUGCAGCAAAGGAUAAUUGAUAGACCACUCAUCAUGGAGCAGCAAGUAGUCCUGGCGCAGAAACAAAAGUUUGCCAGACAAUUUGAAAAGCGAAUGGCAGAAGCAGAAACGGAACGCAAGACGCCACAAACCUUGAAGAUGCUGACCGAACGCAAGGGCUCAGACAUCUCCGCUGGGACCUACUCUGUGAAGUCGAAGAGCGAACAGACAUUGGGCGACGAAGAACUCACUAACGGGACUUAUGCAAUUGAGCAAGACUCGCUGGAACGUAAAAAACAGUCAAGCAGGGCUUCGUCUGCGUCCUCGUCGUCAUCGUCAUCAUCGAGUAGUUCAUCAGAAAGCGACUCGUCUACGACUUCAUCAUCAAGUCGUUCGCAUCACUCAUCAGACUCACAGUCAGAGGGAACCGACAAUCAUGGUUGAUUAGAUAGAAGAUAUUUGCGGCACCUUGGCCAAAUGAACAUACGUACUGCCGUAAGUUAGAAUAGGUUGUUAUGCGGGGUGAAUCUUAGGGUUCGAAAAGUUCUC